AUGGAUGUGCCACUGUUGGGUGUGCGAAAGCAGGGUGGCCUGCUACGGCUGCUCGAGAUGCGGCGGAGAUCGUAUCUGCGUCGUCGGUUCUAUCAGGCAGGCAAGGCAGCGGCCACCACCAACGACCUGGUCAGCCGCGCCGCGAAGGCCAAGAAAUCAUGGUCUGUGCUUGCCACCAAUGAGAAUGAGGAGCCCAUGCUUGCUAAUGCCCCACCUUGA